AUGCCGGACCCCGGGCGAGAAGCAGCAGAGCUUCCUCUCUGCCGCAAUAACAACUCAUUGCAGCAGUAUUCAGAGCAACUGCAGCAGCAGCAGCAACAGCAGCAGCAGCAGCACGAACCGCUGCGCUCUUACUGCAGCCUCACUUCCCCCUAUCCCCACCAUCUUGAAGAUGACUGCAGCAGCGCCUCUUCCGCUCAGGCAGAUAUAGCUACUAACCUUGCCCCGGCUUCCAGCGUGGUGGGCACUUCUCCAGUGUCUCUACGGGGUGCAGAUUUGCUGCUGGACAAGUUGCAUGCGCUGCUGCAGUGUCUGUUCAGCAUAGGGGCACUGCAGCAGCUAGCAGUUCCCUCUCUUGCUGCUCUGGAAGCAAAUCUGCAGCAGCGGGUCUGCAGCAACUUCAUUCCUUACUUGUCACCUCCCCUUGCUGCUGCUGCUGCCUCUGCUGCAGCAGCAGAAACAGCAGCAGCAACGACGCCCCUCGCGGCGCCCGAAGCUGCGGCAGCAGCAGCAGCAGCUGCUCCCCACCAGCUCAGCAGCAGCAACUCCAGCCCUACAGUCACUACUCGCUCCCCGUCUGCUGCUGCUGCUGCUGCUGCAGGCUUGCCCCAGUCUGCUGCUGAGAAGGUGGCUUGCAGUGGCCUCAGCAGCGAGUGCGAGGGCAGCAGCACCGCAGCAGAGCAGCAGCAGCAGGAGGAAUUAGCAGCACUUGAUAAGCAGCAAACGCGAAAGUACUCGACGAUUGGAGCUUAUGAGGAAGAAGCAGCAGCAAACACAACAGGAGAAGAAGCAGCAGCAGCAGCAGAAGGAGCAACAGCAGCGCCUACUACUGCUGCUGCUGCGCCAUCCGAAGCACCCCUGGGGCUGCUGAGCAGCAGCAGCAGCAGCAGCAGCAGCAGCAGCUGGACGCACGCGCUGGAGUGGCCCGUGGACGAGGGGCUAGCAGCAGCUUGCUUCACCCCGCUGCUGCUGGUCAAGGCUUUUAAAAGAUUAGACAAAAUUUACAACUUUUCAAAAAGACAAUUUGCUGCUCCUUCCAGAAACGAAUGCAGAGUUCUCCUCAAUCUCGCACAGGUGUUGGCUAGCCGUGGGCAGCUGAAGCUGCUGACUCUGGACGGCGACGAAACUCUUUACCCCGACGGGGGGCAGCUGCAGCAGGAAGAAAUGGCCCAGUCCAUUGCGCAGCUGCUGCAGCGGGGAGUUAAUGUUGCUGUUGUCACUGGCGCAGGCUACGGCUACGAGGCCCCCCUCUACGCCCAGCGCCUCGGCUGCCUUUUCCGAGUUUUCCAAAAGUCCAAUUUGCUUCCAGCAGCAGCAAAACGUUUUUUCCUCAUGGGAGGAGAGUCCAAUUACCUUCUCUCGCUGUCUGGGUCUUACAAGCUGGAGCCUGUUCCGGAGAGUCAGUGGCGGGGCUACCGGCCCUUCAUUUCUGCUGCUGCAUGCAAGCAGCUAAUGGACUUGGCGGAGAAGUCUUUAUUUAAAGCAGCAAAAGAAUUAAACUUAAAAGGAACUCUUAUUCGAAAGCAGCGCGCUGUGGG